AUGUUUGGUUCGCGAGUUACAGAUUUGAGGGUAAAAAAUAAGGUACUGUGCGUUUGUAAAUAUUGGGUGCUGUGCGUCUGCAAGAAACGGGUGCUGUGCGUUUACGAGAAACGGGUGCUGUGCGCUUACAAGAAACGGGUGCUGUGCGUUUACGAGAAACGGGUGCUGUGCGCUUGUAGAAAACGGGUGCUGUGCGCUUGUAAAAAUCGGGUGCUGUGCAUUUGCAGAAAACGGGCGCUGUGCGCUUGUAAAAAUCGGGUGCUGUGCGCUUGCAGUAAACGGGUGCUGUGCGCUUGUAAAAAUCGGGUGCUGUGCGCUUGCAGAAAACGAGUGCUGUGCGCUUGUAAAAACCGGGUGCUGUGCGCUUGCAGUAAACGGGUGCUGUGCGCUUGUAAAAAUCGAGUGCUGUGCGCUUGUAGAAAACGGGUGCUGUGCGCUUGUAAAAAUCAGGUGCUGUGCACUUGUAAAUAUUGGGUGCUGUGCCCUUAUAAAGGUUGGGUGCUUUGUAUCUGCAAAGAUCUGGUGCUGUGCGCUUGUAUAGAUUGA